UUUUCGAUAAUGUGAUACUAUAUGCAGAAAUUGUCAUGCGGGCAUGAAUUUUCUUCAUAUAUUUAGCGGAACUUUUCUUUCUUAUUUCAUUUGCUUUUAUAUUGCUGACGGGUGCUGUAGUAUGGAUCUCAACAUUAUUUCAUUUCUGGUCUAUAUAUCCAUUUUUGCCAUCGGCGGAACAAUAGGAAAUUCUUUAAUAAUUGCUGUGUAUUUUUCCAACAGAAGAAGUUUCUUUAAUAGACAUUACAUCGUAGCUUUGUCUAUUGUGGACCUGGUGGUAGAUGUACUCGUAGCGCCUUACACUGCGGUGUUUGAACUCCGACUUGUCACCAGCGACUUCAUUUGCCACGGAGCGGAGGUCCUUCGACAUGCCAUUAUUGGAUUCUCCAACCUGAUUUUGAUCCUGAUUGCUUCCGAACGCCUCCUGAUGGUGUGGAAACCAACUCAUAUCGUGUCUGAGAGGAAAAAAAUUAUCGCCAUUCUUAUAAUUCUUGUUAUUUCUAUUCUCUUUGGACUUCCAGCAGGUGCGAUAUACCAAGUUUCAGUAAACACUGCAAUACUUAAAGUUAACGGCACCGAUUUAGGAGGAAACGCUUCCGUCACAACAGAACCCCACUGUCAAUAUACUACACGUAUUUUAGGUGACGAAAUGAGCCAAAUAUAUAGAAAUUUCAUUGCCUUUGUCAUUCUUUUGGAAUUUGUCAUAUUGAUUGCAGUGUAUGUAGUUGUUUAUACACUUGUAUGCCGCCAGAAAAUGCGCCUAAGGCGUUCACAGAGCGCGCUAAAAUCACACCGAAGACCCAAACGCAGUGAAGUAAGCCAAACCACAUCUAGUGUUCAGAGUCAUCUGUCGGACUGUAAUUCAACAGAUGACAAUGAUUCCAAUCUGCAAUCAAAAACUAAGAAACUAAAGAUCAAAACUGGAGGUAAGUGGUGGAAUCUCAACAGGAAAAAUGGUGUUUCUGUCAAAAUGUCGGAAUCUGGUACGGAAUCAGAAGUCGUUGCCGUGACUUUGACUAGCUUUGCCAAGAACAAUACACAUACAGACAAGCGGAUGAGGGCUCUAAGUUUAGACACUGACACAACCCUUGCAGAUACCGACCAAGAGGGGACCGACUCAAAAGGAAAUCAAACAAGAACGAAGAAAAAGAGGGUGAAAAGAAAAAUUCGAUUUUCCAAACAUGCUAACUCUGUCCGCACGAAAACCUGGACGAUGUUGUUUAUUUGUACCUUUAUUUAUAUCAUAUGUUGGAUUCCAUUUUUCUUGGAAAUCUUUAAUUUGACCAGUAUUUUGGUUUUGAGAUAUUUCUUUUUCCUUGGUCACGCAACAAAUCCUAUUGUCUAUAGUAUAGUGAAUGUGAAGGUUAGAAACGCAAUCAAGAAACUGUUGAGAAUUAGAUGCAGAGAAACAUACUGACAUUGGGGUAUUUACCAUUGCUAUUCCCGUCCAGUGUCGAAAUACCAUCUUCACACACGUUUUUCUGAAAUAUUUGAACCUUUUCAAUGGAAAUGGAAUGUGUAGUUUUUCUAAAAAGCUAAACGAGGAUUUUCUUUUGUUCCAGAAGAGUUUAUUUGUGUUGAUGACUGCUUUUCAUUUGAAACGUUCAUAAACAUUUCUCAGUCCAGUAUAACUUAUGUUCAUCCAGAAGACAAAUUGUAGUUGAGUCGGUCACCACAAUAUUAUGUUAAUGAUGGAAAUAUUAGUGAUAAGUAAUUAUCAAUGAUGAUAAAACAUCUGUGAAUUUUCUGUGUAUGAACUAACGAGUCAGUUUCUAGUUAUCGGUGAAUUAUGUACAUUUUUGUUUAAAUCUUGUUGCUUCGAAUUCAGACAACUACGACCUCUUCAGAUUUUGGUAUUUUUGCCGUGUUUGUAUAUAUCCAGCUGCACUGUAACGUUGCCAUGUAGUCAUACAUUGGAAAUUCAUUGACAAAACAUGUUGUCCAUGUACUGUACAUAAAUACUACUCAUUUUCA